UCGACUCACUUACAACUCGACUUCCAGACCUCAAAUCAAGCUCCUAAAAUGGCAUUCAAGUUUGUGGCCCUUUUCGCCCUGAUCGCCGCUGCCAGUGCCGGAGUGGUCCUGCCCGCCGCCCAGGUGUACCAUGCUGCCCCCGUUGCCACCUAUGCGGCACCUGCCCCCUCGGCCGUCCUGAAGACCGUGGCCCAUCCGGUGCUGGCCAAGGCCGACGAGGAGUACGAUCCGCAUCCGCAGUACAGGUACGCCUACGACGUGCAGGACGCGCUGUCCGGCGACUCCAAAAGUCAGGUGGAGGAGCGCGACGGGGACGUGGUCCGCGGGGAGUACUCCCUGAUCGAUUCCGAUGGAUUCAAGCGCACCGUUCAGUACACCGCCGAUCCCAUCAACGGAUUCAAUGCCGUGGUGAACCGGGAGCCGCUGGUCAAGGCCGUUGUGAAGGCCGUGGCUCCAGUGGCCUCCUAUGCUCCUGUUCCCGCCGUCGCCUACCACCACUGAAGUUGGCCUGUCUUGAACCCAUUUGUUGACCUAGUUGUAUGUAGGUGAUAAAUCGAAAAUAUAUGUUUUUUAU